UCCCACGUCAGCUCUAUGGCGGGUCCUGUGGGAAAGCCAGAGCAUGCGCAGGACUGAGCCGACUGGGAUCGCUAUGGCAGCGGCGUCGCCGCGGGCCGGCUUUAGGUGCUCCUACCCCUGCCAGGCGGUCUCCAUAGCCCACCCUACCGCAGUCUCUUGGGCAUGAGCGGGACCUCCUGCUGCGGCCCGCCGCCCUACCUGCUGCCGCCACAUCUCGACUGUGGGUCUGCGUCAGGAACAUGCCCCUGGCCGCCUAUUGCUACGUGCGGGUCGUGGGCAAAGGCAGCUACGGGGAGGUGACGCUCGUGAAACACCGGCGGGACGGCAGGCAGUAUGUCAUCAAAAAACUGAACCUCCGAAAUGCCUCCAGCCGAGAACGGCGAGCUGCUGAACAGGAAGCUCAGCUCUUGUCUCAGCUGAAGCACCCCAACAUUGUCACCUACAAAGAGUCAUGGGAGGGAGGAGAUGGCCUGCUCUACAUUGUCAUGGGCUUCUGUGAAGGAGGUGAUCUGUACCGGAAGCUCAAGGAGCAAAAAGGGCAACUUCUGCCUGAAAGUCAGGUGGUAGAAUGGUUUGUACAGAUUGCCAUGGCUUUGCAGUAUUUACAUGAAAAACACAUCCUUCAUCGAGAUCUGAAAACUCAAAAUGUCUUUCUCACAAGAACAAACAUCAUCAAAGUGGGUGACCUAGGAAUUGCUCGAGUGUUAGAAAACCACUGUGACAUGGCAAGCACCCUCAUUGGCACACCCUAUUACAUGAGCCCUGAAUUGUUCUCAAACAGACCCUACAACUAUAAGUCUGAUGUUUGGGCUUUGGGAUGCUGUGUCUAUGAAAUGGCCACCCUGAAACAUGCUUUCAAUGCAAAAGACAUGAAUUCUUUAGUUUAUCGGAUUAUUGAAGGAAAGCUGCCACCAAUGCCAAGAGUUUAUAGCCCAGAGCUGGCAGAACUGAUAAGAACAAUGCUGAGCAAAAGACCUGAAGAAAGACCCUCUGUGAGAAGCAUCCUGAGGCAGCCUUAUAUAAAACGCCAAAUCUCUGUGUUUUUGGAGGCCACGAAGGCAAAAACCUCCAAAAAUAACAUCAAAAAUGGUGAUUCUAAAUCCAAGCCUGUUGCUACUGUGGUUUCCAGAAAGGCAGGAUCAAAUCUUGAAGCAAUCCAUCACCAACAAUAUUCUGCUGAGGAUUCUAAGACAAAUAUAAUGAGUGAAGAUAAAUGUUUGUCCCAGGAGAAACCAAUCGUUAUUGGUCCCUUGAAACCACCUGCUAGUCUGAAAGGCCACACUGACAAAUUGGAUAUGAGCAGUACUGCAGAGUCACAAGCCACAAUCAGUAGGGUAAAUAUUGACAUCUUACCUGCAGAAAGAAGAGACUCCAUGAAUGAUGGCCUAAUUCAGAAGAAUCAACAAAGACACUUAGAUGCCUCUAGUGAGCACAAAGAUAAAUGCAGUAUUUCUCAAGUGAAGGAGGAGAGUCUACAGGAUAAUUCUAAGUCUAGUGCUCAUCCUGAAAGCCUGAUUCUCACAUUGUCCUCUGAUAGUGGCAGUGCGGAUAGGAGUGGAGCAGUGAAGCUGUUGCAGCCUCUAAACAAAGACCCAAAGCCAAAGGACCAUGAUCAAGUUGAUAGUGAAUGUAUUAUGGAGAAACAAGGCACAAUCCACCCAGGUUUACAGCCACACAGCUCUGGGUCUGAACCUUCCCUGUCUCGACAACGACGGCAGAAGAAAAGAGAACAGACUGAGCACAGUGGAGGAAAGAGCCAGUUCCAACAGGUACCUCCUCAACUUUUGCCUUCCCAUCCCUCUGUUGGAGAAGUGGCUAUUAUAUCAACACAACAAAAUGCUGAAAACCCAAGCAGAAUGGUCACUGAGUCUGUAAGCAGUUCAAGGAGCAGUGAAAUGUCAUCAUCAAAAGUUUGUGGAAAUUCCCAGCAACAAACACACAUGGAAAAAAAAAAGGACCGACCAUUAUCAGCCAGAGAGAGGAGGCGAUUAAAGCAGUCCCAGGAAGAGAUGUUCCCCUCAGGCCCUUCAGUGAGAACAUCUCUGAGUGCAGUGGGGCCAGGGAAACUGCAGCAGGAAAGCCAGCACAUCCCUGCCCGACGGUUCUCUUCUGACUGCAGCAUCACUCAGGAAAGAAAAAUGAUUCAUUGCCUGUCUGAGGAUGAGUUAAGUUCUUCUACAAGUUCAACUGAUAAGUCAGAUGGGGAUUCCAGAGAAGGGAAAAGUCAUACAAAUGAAAUGAGUGACUUGGUACAACUGAUGACUGAGACUCUUAAGCUGGAUUCUAAAGAGAGCUGUGAAGAUCUUGCAUUACCAAAUCCAGUGUCAGAAUUUAAACUUCAUCGAAAGUAUCGGGAUACGCUGGUGCUUCAUGGAAAAGUGGCCCAAGAGACAGAGGAACUCCAAUUUAAAGAGCUGCCUUCAGCUAUAAUGCCAGGUUCUGAAAAGAUCAGAAGAAUAGUUGAAGUCUUGAGAGCGGAUGUCAUCAGGGGCUUGGGAGUCCAGCUUUUAGAGCAGGUAUAUGAUCUUUUAGAAGAGGAGAAUGAAUUGGAGAGAGAGGUACGUUUACAAGAGCACAUGGGUGAAAAAUAUACAACUUAUAGUGUGAAAGCUCGCCAGUUGAAAUUUUUUGAAGAAAAUGUGAAAUUUUGAGAACUUGUUCUAAUCUUCCAGCUCUAAAGACCUAUUUUCAAAGUUUGGGGCUUUAAAAACAAACUCUAACAGUUGUCAUAAAGCCAUUCACCACCCUUUUAUAUCUCUGGGGUUUUCUUACUGGAAAAAAAAUGGACGGAACAGAGUAAUAUGAAGCAAGUUCACAAAAGAAAAAAAUCUUUGACUUUUAUAUUCCUGAGGGAAAAUGUUGCUUUUUUGGUUACUGUUUACUGAGCCUUAAACCACUUAAAGUUUAUAUCUAUAACUUUUUUUUUUGAGGUGUUGAUUAGCUUGAACACAGGACCAUAAAACAUUGGAUUGGAAGUUUUAUAUUGUACUAUAGUGAUAAAAACAACAAAGAAACAAAUGAAAUAUGUCCAGCGAUAACAUUUGCUGUUUUUAAUAACUUUAGGGAAUAGUUGCCAUUAUUUAAAAGAAAAAAAAUCAACUCACUAUUCUGGGGGUAGAUUUAAAGAAAAUGAAGUUCUAUGUGGUAUUUGAGCAGCUAGAUCCUAUUUUUACACUUUGAUGGAUGUUUAAUGUUUUCAUGUAACAUAAGCCUCACUUAGGGUAUACAAGUGAAUCUAAAGUAUUUUGGUUUUGUAAAUCAUUAUGUUUUCACAUACUAGUUUUGUUAGAUUUAUUUCUCCAUCAGUGAAAACAUCUCUUAAUCACUUUUCUAGACAAAAGUUUUUUGUUAAAUUGGAUAUACGUAAGGAUAUAUAUAAUAUUUGUCUCUGGAAGUUUGUCUUCGUGUAUAUCAAGAUAUUGGUUGUCUUUCCAUGUUUUAAAUGUAGGAUUUUAUAUCACAUUUUAUUGUUUAAUAAGAAGUCAUACUCUUCUUCUAUUAAAUAGUUUUCAUCAAAUAUGUUCUGAUUAGUAAAUUUUUCCUUCUGCAUUCAAGGGACUCUAAAAAUAAAUACUGUUCCAGAUGUUUUCAGUUUCUAUAAAAAUGUGCCUUAUUUUCUUUGAAAAUUACACAAUAAAAAUGUUCUCUUUUA